AUGAUGGCGCAAGCAUUCAAUUCAGUAAUGAAUGGUGGUCAACUUCCUCCAAAUUGCGUACUGUUGAAAUUAAAUGUAAAUGGUGGCAUGCAACAACAGCAAUAUGGGCAGUUUCAACAACAACCAUAUAAUAUGCAACAACCGAUGAAUAUUGGUAAUUUUAUGUCUCCCCAACAACAACCAAUGAAUUUCUUGCCUCCUUCUCCGUUCAUGUACGAUCAGGGUAUACCAGGAGGUUUGGUUCCAUAUCAGCCUAAUGGUACUGGCUAUUCUCAAUAUCCACCUUACAUUGGUUAUAACGGUGCAGCGCAACCAAAUAACUAUCCCAUUGUACCCUAUCAAGAACAGCAUCAGUACUACGAUAUUCCUCGAUAUCGAGGUAGAAAAUCUCGUGGACAAAGCCAUCAUCGUGAACGGAGCCGCGCACAACAUUCAAAUAUUUAUGAAGAAGAAUCAUUUGAUAGCCAAAUGCGAAAUUUAGACUGGAGUGGUUUAUUCAAUCAACAUGGUCAAAAACCAGCAAUAGGUUAUAGAAGAUCACAUGCGAGUUCUUCAUCAUCAACGUCAAAAUCUUCUAGCUCUCGUUCAUCUACAACAAGUGAUGAAACAAUACGUCGAGUGAGUGUAUCAAGAAGCCGUCCAACCGAUGUUAACAGGAAACAACAAGAAAACUAUCAACAACAACAGCAACAGCAGCAUUAUCGUCGACCACGACAAUAUGAUGGAGAUUAUAGUCGUCAACGUGAUAAUUCACAUAACACAAAUAAUACCUAUCGAUCGAAUAACAACCGAAAUAGAUCAUCAACUCAUAGAAAGCACAGAAAAAAUGAUUUAUUGCCAUUUGAAUAUUCAUCUGAAUUUAUACCUCUGGAUAAAGAAAAACAGUCUAAGAAAUCGACGGCGGCUAAUACGAAUAAAAAAGGUCGUGUAAGUGAAGACGAUGUAUUCAUUAUUAAAACUAAAAAUAACCAACAACAAAAACAACAACCUCUACCAUCACAAAAACAAAGAGAACAAGAAAAAUCACAGGCACCACCGUCGAAAUCGGAAAAACGUUAA